AUGCCCAAGCAGGACUUUGCCUUCUUCGACUACAUGGGGCCGUUGGUGGCGGCUGUCAUAUUCGCAGUGUGCUUGUUGGUGGUCUCCUUUCUGCUUCUCAACUUCUGUUUUGUCCUCAAGAAUGACGAGCUUACGGUGUUCGAAAGGGUACGGGUUUGAAACGGUUUCGAGGUCAUUAUAACAGUAAUUUUAUAAGUUUUGACUGUUUUAUGCACCUCAAAAGGCUUUUUAAUCAUGUCCAAUAUUUAAUUUUACCUUUUUUGCCAUUUUAAGUAAAAGAAUGUGCAAAGUCCGUAUUUUCACGCCAAAAACAUUUGCGUAAGCAAUACUGUCCUCGCAGCUAUAAUAUUACUCCUUGAGAAUGUUUGUCGUUCUCGACAUAAUUGGCAUUACAAUUACUUUUGCAGUUUGGGAGUAAGCACAAUGUCCGUCUCGGGCCUCAUAGUCUGAGCUCAAUUAAGCGACGCAAGCAGCGACGGCCGACCGAAGACGAGAACUGUCCAAUAGUCGCGAACGUGAAGACAUCCAUCCCCAAGGUGCACGUUGACGCCGCUUCAACGUCGUAG